UUCUCUCGACAAAUUGUCAUUGCCUGUUUAUUAAAAUUUGAGCAACACUCUAUUUAUUGUGAGAAUUGAGACUUGUGUCGUUCGUUGAGCACAAACGUUUAGAAAUUUAAAAUAGAAAUAAAAAACCAAACGAGGAAAACUACUUUCGAAUUUUACAAUUGAAGAGAAUCUAAAAAUGGCUGAUAAGAAAGCUGAUUCCAAGGACGAGCAAUCCGAAAAGAAGUCGGGCGAUACUUUGUGGACGGGUGUCCUGCUCGAUAUACAAAAGGACAUCUGCGCCAUCUGUCGCAAUCAUUUGAAGCAGCUGUGCAUCGACUGUGAGGCGGAGCAGGGCAGCCACGUGAAGAAACUCGAAGAGAUGUGCCCUGAGGUGACCGGUAAAUGUAAUCAUGUCUUCCACUGGCAUUGCAUCUCGCCCUGGCUGAAGACCAAAUCUGCCUGUCCCCUCGACUAUCGCACCUGGGAGUUCGCUCUUCACUACGAGAUGCAUCACAAUGAACAAUGAACUCACUUCACUAAGAAUUCAUUCAAUAUAUGUGCUUCUACAAGCUAGAUAAUCUCUAUGUUUUUCUAUCGGUU